AUGCAACGAUUUAGUCUGACCUGGGUCAUCGUUGUUCGUGAUUUGUACAAUCUGUACAUCUACAUCUACUGGCAACCGAAACUGUGGACGUCCAGCAAUCGAUAUCUCAUCAUUUUCAUUGGAAAUGAAGUGAUUACGUCGUGGAGAGACGUCUUCGCAACUUUAUGGCGGAAGUAUGGCGUUUAUAAAGCUGUCGUAAUAUCUGCUCAAGACGAUUAUCGGUGUAUGAUGAAGUAUAUGCCUUUCGAUAAACGCGAUGAUGACUAUGGCGAGGUCGGUAAGCUGUGUCCGGAUUACUUCAAAGAAAACUCGACCUCCAGAGUUCAUCGACCGAAAGGGAGAAGACUCUUCGAGAAUUUUCAGAAUUUGCGAGACUACCCCAUAAACGUGAUCGCCUUCGAAUCGUUGUUUAUGAACGUUACCUACGACACGCAAAAUCGGCUAAAGUUAUCCAAUCUCGACGCGAAGGUACUGUACACCCUGGAAAAGGUCCUGAAGGCAAAGUUUCGAAUAACAGCAAUGAGGAAACGCGACUUCGGACCGGAGGAUCCUUUCUCUGCGUCGCUGAGGAGCAUCGAGAGAGGAACCGUAGAGAUGGUCAUCACCGGUUUCUUCGUCAAAGUAUACAGCAAGUUCCGCGAGUUUCAGCUGACUUCUGCCGUUUACGAAGAUAAAGUGUGCUUUCUAUCGCCCGACUCCGGCUUAGUGCCCAAGGCGUACAUGCCUUUCAUGCCUUUCCGCAAAGAAGUAUGGCUGGUUCUCGUAUUGUACAACAUCGGGAUCUCGUUCCUCUGGUGUCUAACGGGAUACUUGAACGAGCUACUGUUGCGGUACGAAUCCACUAGCGACACGAUCGAUAACGCUUCCGAGUUGAUCGAUCCAUCCGUGCCCGGAUCCUCCAAACAAUCCCCUCGAAAUCUGGAUUCCCACUCGAAAUCCCUAAAGCCACCGGAAAUACACAGCUGUCUGUCAUCCAUCUUCGACUUCCUCGAGACGCUCUGCUAUCCCUUUCAAAAGGGUAGCAGCAUCACGCAGAACUGCCUGCUCUCGGCCUCCCUCUUCUUCUCGCUGAUAGUAAACGGAGUCUACGAAAGUUGUUUGGUGUCUAGCUUGAACAAACCGUUCCAUUAUCCUCAGCUACGCACCCUGGAGGACGUGGUGGACUCGGGAAAGCCCGUCAUCACCAAGUACGCGAAUUUGAAGAACGUUUUCGUGGACGAGUCUCCGUUGGACAGGCAGCUGAUCCAACGAAUCCACGUGAUCAGAUCGAACAGGUCGACCAAGGACAUCGUCGUGUUCGACAAGAAAAUCUCCAUCACUAGGUACUACACGAUGAAACUGGGGAACUUUUCGUACUUCGACAAAGACGGGAACGACAUGUUGCACGUGGUCGACGAGUGUCCCAUGAAUUACAGAGUCGCUUACGUGUUGAGGUCGAAUUCGCCGUACAGGGAGAGGGUGGAUUUCGUGCUGCUGAGAUCGAGGGAGGCUGGAUUACUCACAUUUUGGUUCAACAGAAUGCUGUAUCCGUUGGAACUGGCGAAACUGAGGAGGAAGUUGGAGAUGGAGAAGGGGAAGGUCAGGCUGACCUUGGAUCAUUAUUCGCUAACUAUCGUGGUGCUGUUCGGUGGACUAUUUUGCUCAGGAUUGAUAUUCCUCGGCGAGGUUUAUGCCGGGAGACAUUAUAUGAACCAAAGAACCAGUUAG